AUGGGUUUAUUCACCAAACUGCGACGCAGUUCACGACGCAGUAAUAGCGCUGGCAUCGUCGAGCCAGAAUCCCCACCGCGCCUCGGCCGCGACUGCACCAAACGACUGCCACGGCCCGUAUUGGCGCGCAUCUUCGCCCUCGUGUGCCCGCACACCGUCGACAACACCUAUGGCACUUCAGAAGAAUCUGCCAGUGAUGGCUGCAUGCUCUGUGACAUGCGCGACCUGGCGCACUGCGCCCAAGUCAACAAGCGAUGGUUCCUAGACGCGCGGGAACUCCUAUACACCAACAUCCGGAUCGACCCAGUACACUACUGCGAGCUGGAAAUUGAACUAGCCGCCAAGCGGAAACGCCGUUCCUUCUUCGAUCGCAAUGGCGACCCGAUCGAUGCCCCGCAGGUGCGACUGGAACUGUUGAUGCGCACAGUGCGAGAGUCCCAGGGACUGGGCAAUCUGGUGCUCUCCCUGCGGAUGCCGUAUAUGACUCGGGAGGCCAACAAGGCCAACAUCGCCCGCACGAUCUCCGUCCUACCGAAUCUCCGCUUUGUUGAUCUCCCGGUGGGUCUGUACAGUGACGAGCCGUCGUGUCUCCCGCUGAAACAGGAGUUGAUGGUGCGAUGUCCCGAGCUGCGGCGCAUGAGCUAUCGACGGGGCGCCGAGGGGAGUUUGGCGCGUCUGCCGAGUUCGCAACCGUGGAGGAAUCUGGAGGUGUUGGAGCUGUCGGGGCUGCAGAUGGAGGUGGGCACGCUGCGGAGUGGCCUGGCGGCAUUCCCCCAUCUUCGAGAGCUGACGCUGGAAGACCUGGAGUGGCUGGAUGACUCGGCGUUUGCGAUGACGGUGCCGCUGCCUUCAUUCCCUGCCGUGCUGUCUCUGACCCUGCGCGAUACCCCCGGUGUGACGGCAAGCGGGCUUGCCUCAUACCUCUCGAUGCCGAGAAACAAAGCAGCGCUGCAGUCGUUGACCGUGUCAGCGACUGGCGUGGUCCCGUCGCAAGUCCAUCACAUUCUCUCCGCGGCACCUCGACUGGAGAGUCUUUCCAUUAUUCAAGAAGUGUCGCGUUCGUUCCCUAUGGAGCAGAUCCCGCCGAUGGGGUCGCAAUCACUGCGUCUCCUGCAUUUUGAAAUUACAUCUCCGACCGAGACUCAUGGGAUCCCACCGGUGGCGUCCUCUUACUAUGGCUACUUGAUCUCCUCGUUGAUGUCGCGGGCUCUACCCGCUCUUCGCGAUCUCUACGUCCGCGAUGCCGAGUUCCCCGACACCCUUCUGUUGAUGCCUCCCCCGCGACUCUUUGGCGGGGGUGAGAAUGGACCCCAGAUGCGCGGCGGCCUGUCGCAGCCCUUGAACGUGUACAGCAAGGGUCUGGACGAGCUCGAGUGGAACUUUACACCCUACGACCCCGAACCGACCCAUGGACGCCGGGACUCCCGCACGCGCCCGGUGAGUUUCCACGAAGCCCAAUUGAGCCGAUCCUGGGGAGGCGAUGCGCGCAAAAGUGUGCUGGUGGGCAAUGGAUUUGGCGGAUUCCUUGCGGUGCCCGCCGAGGACGAACGACCGCAAAGUAGCCAGGGCCACCAGCGACUGAGCCGAGGCGAUCUGUGGCGAUGA